AUGACAACCCCUAUCACUGGACUUACAAGAAGCGGAACUCUAUAUCGACGACAAGAUAUACCUCACAGCGAUAGCAACUCUAACGAAACCGAAGAUACAAACUUAGACAACAUGUCUAUUAAUGGUAAUGACGUUAAUAACUCUAUUGAACCGGUUGUGCAACUCUCAAGCGGUGCACCGACAGAUACAACCGGUAAAUCAAAACCUAAACAACGGAAGAUACCGAAGUUUAGUGGCUCUUCAGAUUCAGACCUCACGAUAGAAGCAUUCAUAUCGAUGUUUGACAGAGCAUUUCGAUUGAACUCCGAUGACGACAAAGUCGAUGAUAUAAUGGAGUUUCUAACAGACGACGCCGCCAACUACUAUGGCUCGGAUAUCUUAACCGGUUCUGACGUCACAUGGACUCAUGCAAAGCAAUUACUACUAGACCGGUACACACACUCCGACAUACCUCCCGUUGUGGCCGCAAAUAGAAGACGCCAACAAAAGGCCGAAAGCAUAAAACAAUAUUAUGACGAAAAACUAAAGCUAUUACGUCGAGUCAAGAACUACACUGAUAACGACAAAGCCAACCUCCUCACCGAUGGACUCAUCCCUGACUAUCGCGAAUACUUUUAUGGCCGUCGAUUCAAAUCAACCACCGAGUGGCUGGAAAUGGCUCAAGAUAUAGAAGCCGACAAAUCUCGUAAUCGACAUUACAGACAACCCGGCUCAUCACAUUUUACAACCGACAAGAAUAACGAUAGGUUCAGCAAACGUUUUCCCAACAAACGGGAUUCAAAAGACAAGUCUCGCCCACCAUAUUCAUGUCGCAUAUGCCGUGACCGUGGCCUGACAUCGUGGCACUAUCAUAAAGAUUGCCCUCAUAAACCAACCGUACCACAACCGGUUGUCACACCAAACAUUGGUGAUUCAAGUCAAUCAACCGAUACCUCUAAUCAUUACAUACGUCCCCAAACCAUGGCAUCAGCAGCUAAUGUCAAAAGCAUAAUCUUAAUACCGGGACGUAUAGGGAAUUUCGAACUAUCUGCUUUUGCUGAUCCAGGUUCAACAGUGGAUCUAAUGCCACUCUACGUAGCAAAACAUCUACGGCUUCCAAUUAACUAUCGCCGAUCAACAAGCGUAUCACUUGCUCGUGGAUCGAUACGUACCGUUGGUGAAGUAACAUUUAAGCUAACAAUUAAUCGGAUGACACGUACUAUGAAAGCACAAGUCCUUAACGGAUUCGAGUAUACACUUCUCAUGUCUAUCGACUCUCUUGGCCGUUAUGGUGUCAUCAUUGAUACACACUCUAAAACCGUAUCGUAUAAAUGGUCAAACAAAAUACACCCAUUCUUAAGGUCAACCGGUCAUCAUUGCAAUUAUAUGGCCAUUCAACCAACAACAAACCGGUUGCCUACCAUACCUAAUAAAAAUGUGGAUCAACUCAUUCACAAAUAUUCACAAAUAUUUGCCGCCGACUCUACUGACUUAGGCCGCAUUAAAAUUGAAGAGCACAGAAUCGUAUUGACUGACAAUGAGCCUACAGCACAGCGCCCGUACCGUCAAUCAUUUCCAAUGGCAGCUGAAACUGCCCGCCAAGUGAAGGACCUAUUACAAAAAGGACUAAUCCGGGAAAGCGUGAGCCCUUACGCUGCACCGAUCACUUUGGCUCCUAAGAAAGACGGCACAUAUCGUUUGUGUGUGGAUUACCGUCGUCUCAAUACGAAAACUGUCGCCGACAAGACCCCAUUACCGGUUAUCGCUGACGUCAUUGACCGUCUCCAAGGAUCAACUGUAUUCUCAAAAUUGGAUUUCGCUUCCGGUUAUUGGCAGGUCGCCGUCUCACCAGAAGACAUACAUAAAACAGCAUUCGUCACCCGCGACGGACACUAUGAGUGGACAGUCCUACCUUUCGGACUCAAGAAUAGUCCCGCAACUUUUCAUCGAGUAGUGCAUAAGAUUCUCGGAAAUCUCCAUAAUAACGGUGUCAUAUUGUGA